AUGCAUAAUUGUUUAUAUGGUGAACUUUACUCAGGAACAGAAAGCAACUUUUUAGGAAGUCAGUAUGUCAUCUACAGAAGCAGCUCCACAAAUAAAAUGAUCACAUACUAUGCACCAGCAUGGCUAAAAGAACCCAGGUUUGUGCAUGCAGAUGUAAUCAGAGAGAGUGUGAACAGUGCAAAUGGGGACGAUGAUAAGAUCUACUUUUUCUUCACUGAGGUGAACGUGGAAUUACCACAAGACCUUACCAAGUUUUUCAUUCCUAGAAUAGCUCGGGUUUGUAAGCAUGAUAUGGGAGGAAGAACUGUUUUACAAGACAGGUGGACAUCUUUUUUGAAGGCCAAACUUGUCUGCUGGGUACCAGAGUUAAAUAUUGUCUUUGAUGAGGUUCUUGAUGUUUUAAUCUUGAAAGCUCCAAACUGGAAGGAUACAGUCAUUUACGCUCUUUUCAGAUCUCAUUGGGAUUACAGCAUGGAUUCAGCUGUCUGUAAAUAUAAAAUGUCUACUGUGGAUGAGGUUUUCUCUCGAGGGACUCACAUGGAAGAAGUCAUCGUUUUGAAUAUGUACCAAAGUUGGUUCAGACGUCAGGAAACUUUUUCAAGUCCUCGACCAGGAGAGUGUAUAAAUGACAACAUCAGAAACAACAAUAUCCAAAGUUCCAAAGACUUGCCAUCAGUUAUUUUGGAAUUUCUGAAAAAAUCACCAAUGAUUCAUGACUCAGUGCUACCAGUAGGAAAUCGCCCACAGAUGGUCUUCAAAAACAUGAAUUACACACAGAUUGCUGUUGACCAAGUCCGUGCCCUGGACAGCAGAACCUAUGACAUUAUCUUUAUAAGCACAGAGGAUGGAAAUGUGCACAAAACAGUCGUUAUUGACAGUAAAUGGCAUAUUAUUGAGGAAAUUCAACUGCUGCCUAACCCUGAACCCAUUAAAGAACUGCUUUUAUCCUCUGGGCAGAAAAAGUCCCUGUAUGCAGGCUCAGAUGAAAGGCUUGUGCAGUCACCCGUUGAAUUCUGUGAAAAGCACCAGUCUUGUGUGGAUUGCAUUUUAGCUAGGGAUCCAUACUGCGCUUGGAGCACCGACGCGAGCCUCUGUGUCAACCAGAUCAUGCACAGAAAUGCAGGUGGCCUGAUUCAGAGGUUGAAUGGAAAUUUCAGUGUCUGCCCCCCAGUAAAGCACAGCGUUGGCUACCAGAAUAUUGUCACACAACAUGGACAAUAUGCAGCCUUGCGAUUACCAUGCCACCUGAACUCUGGGCUCUCCCGUGCGAUGUGGAUGAAAAAUGGCGUGUACCUGGCACCCAGUCCUUCCAAAUAUGAAAUUGUUGGAGACGGCGAUCUGCUGAUUUUGAACAUCUCACAAUCUGACCAGGGCAAUUAUACUUGUUUUUUAGUGCAAAAAGUUGAAAUCGGAGACCGGAAAGAGCUGGUGGCAGCGUAUACUUUAAAUUUAAUAGACAGAACAGACGGAGCAGCAUCUAGCCCCUUCUUAUAUCUUUUUUUGCUCUUCUUGCUUCUGUUCCUUGCUUUGUUGGUAUAUACGUGCUACCCAAGAUGCCUUCCAUUGCUUUUUCCUGAAACCAUAAACAGCUCAUGCUACUCAGGCCUGGCAGCAGAGAAGAGGUUUGAUGGUAGUUGCUGGUGA